GGGGACCGAAAGUUGCGUUGCAACUUAUGCGGCCACAUGUUUCAGGGGGGGUCGUCGAAGGCCGCGCGUCAUUUCACGCAGUCGAAGUUCUACAAGGCAAGGGGGAUGAGAGUUCUCGCGGAACUCUGGAACGGCACGGACUACACAUUUGUGCCGUCCACUGCUCAGCGGGUGCAGAGGUGGAUGGCAGACGAGGGCAUACGGGACACGAGAGCGCCCGCGGGUGGCCAGAGACAGCGGAUGGACGACGCAGAGAGGGACGACAUUCAGGACGCCCUCGAUGAGGAGGAGGCUCAGGAGGGCCGCGAGGGUGGGGCCAGGGAGGGGGCGGUUGCAGACAAGGUAGACGAGGCAGUCGGAGAGCCUAACCUGCCGGCGGAGGAGGUGGUGAUGACGUCGAGAGGCGUCGGUGGAGCGGGUCUUGCUACUAGGGCGCCGCGAGAUGAGCUGGACCGCGCGAGGAGGGAGAAGAGGACAGUGGGGCAGGCUGGCGUCGAGGUGCCAGGCACGGGCAGGGAGAAGAGGGCUCGGCAGACCACGAUUGUCGAGAUGUACGCCAGGGAGAAGUUGGCCGAGUUCCAUGACGCGUGGCUUCAGUGGUUUCACGUGAAGAAGUUGCCAUUCAACGCCUUUCGUGGUCCUGAGUUCAAGAGGGUGCGGUAGGCAGCAGAGAGAGUGCCUCGCUCUAUCCAGUUCCGGUUUCCCUCUUUCAGGAUUACAGCGGGGGCCGGUAUCCCUUCGCAGA